GUGGCUGCUACUGCGAGUGUGGAUGUGAAUGUGGAUUGAUGGACACGAUCGCUGCUCGUUGCUCGUUCGGGCAGCAGUGGCAGCCACAUUAGUCGCAGCAGACACGGGUGACGACCAACAACACAAGAGUGGCAGAGAGCGCGGCAGAGAUUCGCACGGUAAAGAGAGAGACGAGUCGAGACGAGAAGCGCGCGCACGGAUCAGUGGAUACGGAUUAAACGAAUCUGAGCAAAUCGCGAGUGUCUAUCUCCAUGGAAUGAUCGAUCGAUCGCGCGGGAGGUCCAACAGCAGAAGAUCAAAAGCAGAUCAAAGUGUAUAGAAAGCCCCUCUUCAUUUCCGAUAAGGUGUGGAUAAGUGCGUGAUAAUUAUCAAAGACCCUGAUCGCUUGGCCCGAAAAUGUGCUAAUCAGAUCUCAGUUUUGGUUCAACAACUCAGACGCCCCGUCGCGACGUGGCUAUUGAUCGAAACGUAAUCGGGCACCAGUGCUCCAGCACCAACUGGCGCCAAUUUGUAUACAAAUUUCAUGCCUUAAUUGAAACUAACAUUAUAGCCAAGUGGCAAGUGUGAAAAGUUAACGACUAGGCAACAACUCUGCUGCUCCUCAGCCCCAAAACACCUACCACCAAUCCAUUUCGCGCACUGUGCAAAUUGAAUCUCCGUCGCGGGGGCAGAGAAAGUUGCGGAGAAAGAGAGCGGUGGAAGAGCAAAAUCAACAGCCGGUGACCAACGAAGCAAUUGUGGAUUUCUUCAGUCAACUAACACCGCCCGACAUGGACCCAGAGUCGCAGUGUCCGCAGUAUGGCGAGGUGAACCAACUUGGCGGCGUCUUUGUCAAUGGCCGGCCAUUGCCGAAUGCGACGCGCAUGCGGAUCGUGGAGCUGGCCCGCCUGGGUAUCCGGCCCUGCGACAUUUCCCGCCAGUUGCGGGUGAGUCAUGGCUGUGUGUCCAAGAUACUGGCGCGCUACCACGAGACGGGCUCCAUACUGCCGGGCGCCAUUGGUGGCUCCAAGCCGCGCGUGACCACGCCCAAGGUGGUCAACUACAUCAGGGAGCUGAAGCAACGCGAUCCGGGCAUCUUCGCCUGGGAGAUCCGGGACCGGCUGCUCAGCGAGGGAAUCUGUGACAAGACGAAUGUGCCCAGCGUCAGUUCCAUUUCACGCAUCCUGCGCAACAAGCUGGGCAGCAUCGGGCACCACCAUGCCCCGGGCGGAUCAAAUGGCUCCGGAUUGGGGAGCGUGGGCAGUGGAAACAGUAGCAACGGAAAUGGCGGCGGCGCUGGCAAUGUGGGUGGCAGUCAGGGUGGCAGCAAUGGCAACGGCAUGAGUGUUGGAAACACACACUCACACCCACACCCACACUCACAUCCACACCAUCACCAUCAGACGGCAGCCGUAGCAGCGGCCAGCGCCCACCAUGUCCACGCCCAUGCCCAUGCCCACGCCCACCUCUACAAUUCCAUCUAUCAGCCGUACAGUGCCGCGGCCGCGUACAGCAUGAAGGCCGUAUCAUGUGGCAGCCCCUCGCCCCCUCAAGGAUCAGGGGGCCAGACACAUCCACACCAGCUGCGCAGCGUGGCCGCCGCCGCGGCAGCCGCCCACUGGCCAUCGUCGCAUUCGGUAAGCGAUAUCCUGGCCCACCAUCAAGCCGUCGCCUUACGGGCCAGCUGCCAGGUGGGCGUGGGAGUGGGCAUGGGUAACACGGUGUCGCCGCUGCCAAUGACCCCCUCGCCUGUGACCGGUGGAGCCAGUGGGGGGCAGCCACUGCUCGACUGCGAGGGUGGGCCAGGGCAACAGACGCCCUACAAUUACUACAUGUACUUUCAAAAUGGUGGCAUGCACCAUCAUCACCAUCACGGCGGUAUGAUGGCCGCCGGGGCCACGGGCUUAUGAAGAUGCGGAUGCGAAUGCAGUAGUGGAAGCUUCGCCGGAGGCCAUUAGUCAUUGUGUGAGCUGGGGGUGGGUUAAAGGCUUAACUACUAAGGAUACGAUACUCUCGUCUAAGCGGAAACGGUUCCAGUCAAUACUUUCGCCGGAAAAACGUAGGAAUUUGCAAAGCAUACUUUUGGGGGAAGUCUUUACGUUCCGACAGAUGUUUUUGAUGAAUCGAUGCCGGGCCACAGUGAUAGGUCCUCACUGUACGGGUACUAUUUCUAUACGAAUUUUAUGUAAUUUUGGAGAUUUUUCUUUGUUUUUUGUUUUUUUCGGAUUGUUAGAGUUUUGAGUUGGAUUUAGUCAGAUUUAUCAGAAGAACUACAAAUAACUCUUUAUUUUGAAAUGGCAAGUAUUGAGUUCUGUUGCGGGAUGGUAUGUUAAUCGAUAUAGGUUUGUAGGUAUAUGUGUUAUAUAGGUUCUUGUUCUCAUAACGACUAUUUGUACAAUAUGCUCACUAAGUAAACUAGUUGACUAAUUUAUGCUACGAUUACAGCAACUAUAAUUAAUAAUAAUAAUUAAACCAAGUGUAACUAUCGAAUAAAAUUGUAUUUUUAGACAAAAUCUGUAAUUACUUUGCGGCAAUGCCUUGGGGACGGGUGUGUCUAAACCUAAUGUGGAUGAGGCUCCAAUAUUCAACAAUACAUUUGUAGCAA